GCGCCCGCAGAGCUGCCCGGCCGAGCCGAGCCGAGGAGGCGGCCCGGACAGUCGGGGCCGAAGGGCCCGGCUCCAGCGCCCGGCGGAGCGCGGCGGCCAGAGGGGAGGGCCGGCGGCCGAGGCAGCGGCUCCGGAGCCAGCCGCCAUGUCCUCCACGGUGAACAACGGGGCGGCCGGCAUGCCGUCCCCGCCCGACGCCGCCAACGGCUUCCCGCAGCCGGGCGCCUCCUCGGGGACCUGGCCGCGGACGGACGAGGAGAUGCGCGCCGCGGAGCCGGCGCUGGCGAAGCGCGCGCACCGCGAGAUCCUGGACCACGAGCGCAAGCGGCGCGUGGAGCUCAAGUGCAUGGAGCUGCAGGAGAUGAUGGAGGAGCAGGGGUACUCGGAGGAGGACAUUCGGCAGAAGGUUGGGACUUUCCGGCAGAUGCUGAUGGAGAAGGAGGGAGUCAUCACCAGGGAGGAUCGACCUGGAGGCCACAUCGUGGCGGAGACCCCGCGGCUGACCGAGGGCGCCGAGCCGGGCCUCGAGUACGCGCCCUUCGACGACGACGACGGCCCGGUGGACUGCGACUGCCCGGCCGCCUGCUACCGCGGGCACCGGGGGUACAGGACCAAGCACUGGUCCAGCAGCUCGGCGUCGCCCCCUCCCAAGAAGAAAAAGAAAAAGAAAGGCGGCCACCGCAGGAGCCGCAAAAAGAGGAGACUGGACUCCGAGUGCAGCUGCGGGAGCUCCUCACCCCAGCGCAAGAAGAAGAAGAGUGUGAAGAAGCACCGCCGAGACAGGUCGGAUUCUGGGUCCCGGAGGAAGAGACGGCACAGAUCUCGAAGCCCCAAGAGCAAAAGAAAAGAGAAGAACAAAGAGAGGAAGAGGCCGCACGCUGAGUCCCCCAGCCGGAGGUCCCAUCGCCACAGCAGUGGCAGCUCCCAUAGCCCCUCGCUCUGUUCCCACUGCAGUGAUUCCAGAUCACCCAGCAGGCUGAGCCCCAAGCACCGAGACGAUGGGCGGAAGACGGGCAGCCAGCGGUCCAGCGGGAGCCGGUCGCCUUCCCCGUCCGGCGGCAGCGCAUGGGGGUCGCCCCAACAGAACGGCGGCAGCCGGCAGCGGAGCGGAGCGCACGGGGGCCGCCCGGGCUCGGCGCACAGCCCGCCCGAUAAGCCCAGCUCGCCCUCGCCCAGGGCCCGGGACAAGCCGGAGGCCGCCGCACCCACGCCGCCCGCGCGGGGCAAGGAGAGCCCCGGCCCGCGCUCGGCGCCGUCGUCCCAGGGCCGGGGAGGCCGCGCCGCGGGCGGGCCGGCCAAGCGGCGGCGGCGGCGGCGACGGCGGCGGCGCUCGCGGUCAUCGGCGUCCGCGCCCCGCCGUAGGGGCCGCCGGCGCGCCCGGCCCGCGCCGCCCCGGGGCUCGUCGCGCUCGCUCAGCAGGGCCCGCUCCAGCAGCGACUCGGGCGGCGGCGCCCCGGGCCCCGGGCCCGAGCCCGGCACCGAGCGAGGCCACGGCGGCCACGGCAAACGGGCGAAGGAGCGGCCUCCACGCGCCCGGCCCGCCAGCACCUCCCCGUCCCCGGGGCCGCACGGCCGGCACGGCGGCCCGGAAGGGAAGAGCUCGUCGCGCAGCCCCGGCGCCCACCCGCGGUCGUGGAGCUCCAGCCGCUCGCCCUCCAAAUCCCGCUCGCGCUCCCCGGAGAAGAGGGCCCGCAGCCCCAGCCGCUCGCCGUCGCCCAAGAAAGCCCUCGGCCGGGACAAGGACAGCGAGGGCCGCGCGAGGCACGCCGAGGCCGACGCUUCCCGAGCCCGGCGCCGCUCCCGCAGCUACUCGCCCAUCCGCAAGCGGCGCCGGGACUCCCCCAGCUUCAUGGAGCCGCGGCGUAUCACCAGCUCAAGGUCCAGCCUGCUGAGUGGCCUGUGGCCAGCCUGGGGGCCAGGUGGACCCCUCUCCCCAGGUUGCCAGGGAGAUGCCCAUCGCCCGCAAGCGCCCAAUCCCCUACUACCGGCCCAGCCCCUCCUCCUCCUCCAGCUGCUUAAGCAGCGACUACUCAAGCCGCAGCCCCAGCCGCAGCCCCAGCCCCAGCCCCAGCCACGGAAGCUACAGCAGCCGCAGUCGUGGGACCCGCAGCCGCACACGCAGCCCCUCCCGGACCCCCAGUCCCAGCUACCACAGCCGGAGCAGCUCCGAGAGUGGGGGCUUCUGAGCCCAGACAGACCCAACUUGGUGCCCCCGGCCCAGGAAGAGGCAAGAGGCCAGGCCCCUGGACCUUGGGAGGGGGCUGCACCCCCACUGCUACAAAGAGCAUCCUGGGCCAGCACACGGGCAGGUGGCACCAGGCAAGACCUUGAAGGUGGGUGCCCAACACACACGGAGGAGUUGGAUUCUGCUGCUUCGAGAGGGUGUCCACCCCCACCUCCUGCCCACCCACUGCGACCAGGGAACAAAGAGCCGUUGCAAACACAGGGAUCACCCUGCCCCCUUCCUGCUUGAUGCUACUCACCAGGCUGGGGACCACCACCUGUCAGAGCUGGGGUCCCAGCUCUGCUGUGUCACUUCACCUCAGCUCAGUGUGCCCAGGGACACCCCUGGAGGUGUCAGACCUGGGAGCCUCCCCUCCCCACUCUCCAGGGCCUCACUCCUCUACAUCACUGGGCAGACAAAGAGGUGGUACAGCAAGCAAGAUCUAAGUUAGACAGAGGGAAGAAUGGCCUGACAUUUGGUGCAUCACCACCCAGGCUGGGGAGCUGUUUCCUUCUGAGAUGGCUGCAGGAGGACCCUGCCAGGCGGAGGGCUGGGGGCAGACCCCCAUAGCCUCCCCAAAGCCCUCCCCUGGCCAAGGAGUUCCCAGACUAGGUGCACCCCUAAGUUCCAGCCUGAGGGGCCAGGGAGCCCUCACCAUCUGCCCUGGGCCAAGGCCACACCAGCCAGACCUUCUAUGAGACUAGGGGUGGGGAUACAGAACCCCAGCUGCAUCUGACCCUGAGGCCAAAAGGGGUUCAGGUCAGGAGGCGGAAGAAGGGAGGGAUGGACGGAGGAGGAGCCUGGGAGUGAGGAUUGUGGGAGGGGAGGGAGACAGGCAGCACUGCCGGCUCCUGCUGGAGAGGAGGGCAGCAUGGGCCAGAUGGCCACUGAGUCACUGGCAGGGAAAAGGUGUGCUGGGGGUCUGCCCCGGAGCAUCUCCUCUUCAGGGUCCAGGGGGGAGGUGGUCAGCCAAGGCUCCCCAGGGAAGAGGUGAAGGAAGGGUAGGAUCUGGACUGAGGGCCUCUGCCUGGGGUGCCAAUGGGGAAGCAGUGCCCCAGUCCUCUGCUGCUGCUCCCUGCCCCCUCCUCCUGGGGCCCUCAGGGAUCUCACAAAGUCUUCCUCAGCCCAACAGGGCAGAUGCCCUGGGCUCUGGCGGGAGAGGGGUCUGGGUCUGGGCUGGGUUCCCCCGCUCUCUGGUUCCCCUCCCCUCUUUCUCCGCGGUGCGGAUAAAAAUUGGACUCUAAUAAAACACUUGGUGCCCGGA